CCUGUCCACCCAAAAUGUUUUCUCUGGGGUCCUGGCUGCCGGCGUGGCCCGGGCUGGCGUGGGGCUGGGCGCUGCUGGAUUCGGUGCUGCAAGGGCUGGUGGGUGCCUGCGCCGUCUCGGUGCUCUGCAGCCUGAUGAAGGUUUAUCUCUACAUCCAGUGCCUGAACGACCCGGCGAGGCAGGCGCAGCAGGCGGCGCUCCGUGCGCAGCGGGGCGCGCUGGAGCCGCUGCAUGUGGCGGUGCUGACCGCGGCGCUGGCGCUGCUGGGGUCCCGAGUGGCCGCGCUGGUGGUGUUGGAGUUCUCCCUGCGCGCAGUCUCCACGCUGCUGUCCCUCCGCAAGGGCACCCCCAGCAGCCAGCUCUACCUGCUGUGCCAGUACUCGCUGGCCUGCGGCAUGUCCUGCAGCCUCAGCUUCUUGCUGGAAGGGGCUCCCCACGGCACCUGCAACCUGGCGCUGGCGGCGGGGCUGGCCGGGCUGCUGGCCGCCUACAGCCGGCGCCUGGCCCGGCACGUCUGCAGCCUCUACGAGCUGCACAGCCGGGAGCGGUACUGCGGCGUCUGCCUCCUGCUGCUGGCCUCCGGCCACGGCAUCCCCCGGCUGCUGCGCAACGCCCUGGCCAUCGCCUUCGCCCUGGCAGACCUGGCUGCCGUGGAGCUCAUCAACAGGGACUUCCUCUCCACGCUGGAGGCUGUGCGCUUCUGGACGCCGCUCACCAUCUGCUACACCCUGCUGGUCAUCCACAUGCAAGAGGGCCCGCGGCAGAGCGCCUACCAGACGGUGCUGGUGCGCAUGGGAGGCCUCUUCAUCCUCCUCCUCACCGUUGGCCGCUGGCCGGACGUCUGCCACGUCCUCGUCUCUCUGCUGGCAGAGUUCUGGUGCCUGCUCCAUGCCAGCGUCAUGCUGGAUGUGUGCCAGCAGCAGGACUCCACCCAGCAGCUGCAGAGGGACAGGCAGCUGGCGUCCAAAUCGCGCUCGGAGGACACGUCCUGACAAGCUGUGGGCUGUAACCGGGCAGCAGAAACUCAGGGGGGCAUUGCCUGGCACCCCCAAUCCUCCUUGUCACAGAUCCCCCAUGGGGACAAAGGAGAAAGGUCUCCUGGAAGGUGCUGGGCCCCAUCCCCCAGGCUGGGGGAGGCUGGGGGGACACUCACACGGCUCCUGGUUUCUGAGGGGCCCCCAUGGGGGUGUGGAGCCGCUGGGGACAUGGAGCACUGGCACAUGUCCCCGUCCUUGGUGGCUGCAGGGCCCUGCUGCUGCAGUGCAGAGGCCUCCAGGGGCUCAGAGGUCCUGGGAAAUAAAGUUUU